UGCUAAUGCCGCUUGACAUAGCACACAGUUGAUAUCAUGCCACCGAAGAAAGGUAAGAGCAAAAACCCCGACAAAAAGCCGAAAAAGGUAGAAAACUUAACACCGAAAGAAGCCAUUCUUGAUUACCAAAUAGGUAAUCUCCGGGAUGUACUUUCUAGGCUGAAGUUUAAGAGAGAAACACUUAAAAAUAUGCUUAUGGAGAAGUUGCAGAUUCUCAACACACUUAAACUGGAAGGCGAAAAAAUGCUCAAAGAUACUUUAUUGAAAGUUUCAAAAGUUUCAACAUCUGAUGACACUACUAUGUCAGGUGACGACGUGAAAAAUUACUUGCUUGAGACGUGGAAGAUAAGAGAUUUGGAGGAAAAUGAAGUUAACAAAAUUCAAGAUGAAAUCAAAUUAACACAGAAUCUUACAAAAGAUGUUGUUUUGGAGCUCAAACAAUGGCAAGUGUAUUCUGAUGUAACGAAGAAAUCAAAUGAACUACGUAUCCAAAUGUUAGAAACAGAGUAUACUAAUAUGAAGCAACGUUUUGAAUCAAUGGUAGAAUAUUUGACCAAAGAGGAGAACCAGAGUUAUUUGAAUGUUCAAACAAAUAUUGAGUGUUCUUCGGAGCACAUCAGAAACUCAGUAAUUGAAAAUGCUAUCGACACAUUAAAUAAAUUAUUUUCGCAACAAAUGCUCCAAAACAAAUGGUUGAAAAUCGAAAAAGAAUCACUUGAUGAAAAGAUGGAACGCAUCGUGAAUGAAAUUGGAAAUCUUCAGAGAGAAAACAUAGCCGCUGAAGAAGACAUUUUCCACGUUAACUUCACACAUAUGUUGAUACCUUCAUCUUUUUGCGACAUUCAGGUUACUGAUGCAGAUGAUUUACAUAAAAGUACUAUUCUCGACCUAAAACUAGACCAGGAUGUGUUUGGUAUUGAAAGUCAUACAGCCUUGAAAAACUUUGAAAACAAAACCUACAAAAAUAGAAGAUACCUAAAUACUAUAAACGAAAGACUGCUUACUUCUAUCUGUAAUCCUGAUCUAAAGAUUCUUCAUAGAUUAAACGAAGAUGAGACAUCAAAUCAAACUGCCGAAUUAGAAAACCUCACAGCCUUUGGACCACUUGGGAAAAAAUUAUGCUUCCUCCAAGGUCUUUCCGCUAAGAUCGACCAACAGAGUAACUCAUGUUCAGCUGAGCUUCAAGCCCAACUCAAAUUUAACCCAGAACUCGGCAAUUGGCCUGUGAAUAGAGACAUGUUUCUUAAAUAUCUAUCAGAUCACAAAUGAAAUAGUAAUCUAAACAUUUUGGUAGAAUGUCAUGAUCUCCUAAGUAAAAUGGUAAGUAGUCACCACUCUAAGUGAAUGGAUAUUGUUCAAUUAUCAUAUCGGCAUGAUCAGUUUACCCGUAGUCUGUUGAAGCGUAAAUCAGCAUUACUACAUAAAAUGCCCUGUAAAAACAUUUCAAAUAUGUGGACCAUAUCGCAACCUUUGGAUACAAACUGUCUUAUUCACUUCAUUUCUGUUUAUAACUUUUCUUUUUGUCUUCAUGCAAAUUUUUGUUACUCCUUGGCAUUACCCACAUCAUAUAAAGGCUUAACAUAGGAUCACCAAGACAAUUCUCACAGGCUUGUGUAAACUAGUACUAAAAUUGUAAUUUGAGUUUGUGUUGCAUUCCUUCACAUGUCCAUUUAUGUGCACCUUCCUUCUGAAGCUAAACAUUUUAUAACAUUAAUUGCCUAGCCACCGUUUUAGCUUUUAGCAUUCAUGAAUUUUGUCUAAUUGUGUUCGUAACUCUACUCUUUCAAAACCCAUUCUAGAACUUGCUUAUAUGUGAGGACAGGUACACCCUUAUAAGAUGACAGCAGUCCUUUUUAAAUCAGCUUUAACCAACCCGAAACUUGAAAUAAAUUUUCAAUAACCCUAAUUAUAACAUAUUAUCAACUAAGAAAGAUAAAAUAAGUAAACUGAAUAUAAAAAAGUAAAAUAAACGUAACAGUAUGACAAUGGUGGAAAAAAUAAACGAAAAAAAUGGUUUAGAAAAAGGAGUAAACUUUCUGUAAUAUUGGGACUUCGAAAAUAUGGGGUGAUAAAAAACAAAUUUACUAACCUCAUCCUAACUGAUUUUAAUCCAUAUCACCCAAGGUUUGCAGUCACUGAUGAAAACUCUUAUGUUGGCUUUACCCUGGUAGUCUGUACUUACAACAAUAGUUUAAAAUAACAAUCAGAAACUCUAUAGAAUAGUCCACAUCUGAAUUAAGCCCUUUCCACCUUUUCUUUGACUGAACUAUUCUUCAAUGUUAGCAACCUGUGUGUUUUGUUUAUAAAUGUGUAACUGAUGAAAGAGCAUGUACGAUAUACCUCAGUUUAUCUAGUUAUAAGUAUUUGGUCUUUUCAUCUAUAAAUAAUAUACGCAGUUUUGAAUAAUUCGCUACUAUUGAGUAAAGACGUAAGUAGCAUCUUAUCUUACCGGCCAGUAGUAAUUAUAAAUGAUAACUUUGAAAGCCAAUUCGACUAACAGAAACUAUCCAGAAGAG